AUGGAGGCGUGCUCGGAAUCGGCGAGCGGGAAUCGUGAGGGCGGCGGCCGGGUUCGGGCGUCGACCGCGCUGCAAGGCCGCACCCGGCCAAACUUGGCCCAGCUGCGGCAAUACCUGAUCCAAUUAUUUAUGCAUUUCGUCUGCAACAGUUCAGAUUUCGGUCUGCGGCGUGGCGCGAGCGCUCGGGCGCGGGCCUGGCGACGUAAUAAGAGACUGGAUCGCACCGCGCGUCCAGUGGCCCAGUCGGACAAUGGCGGACGCAUAAUGGGUCCCCGCGUCAUCAAUCAAAGGUUGCAGCCACCCCAAGCCACCCCCGACAGACGGACUGACCCCUACAGUGAACACGGCGGAGAUAAUCGUGCUGCAUGCGCGCAGACAAGCGAGCACGCGGUGACAAAUCACACCGCUGAAAACUAUAAAACCGAACGUCACUAUCUAGGUGAUAAAUUGGCAAACUAUAAAACCCCUCUCCCCGUCUGCAUUGGAGCCGCGGUGCGCCUGUGUGCAAAUGAAGCGGCGCGCCGUAUGCCGAAGGACGCGGCCGCAUUCCGCGCCCACCAACACAGCGGGGAUGGCACACAUACCGACGCCGGCACGCGUGCGCUGGAGCGAAUCGCAUGUAUGCUGCCUGCCGAAGCAGAAACUCGACAGACCAAUCCGACUUCUGAUCACGUGGUGGCCACGCUGUGCGCGUUCCGCAAUUAUCGCAUCGGGAACUUUAAGUGCUCUGACAUCGUGUACGACGCACCAGACGUGUGCCAACUGCGCCAGCGACGUGACCACGUCGGCCAA